UUCCGGGCAUCGACAAUGGAGAAUCAGGCAACGGAAGCGGCGGCGGCUCCUCUGGUGUUUGCCGUUAAUCAGCAGAGGUUUGAGCUCACCGCUGUUGACCCUUCCACUACUCUGCUUCACUUUCUGCGCCACUAUACUUCUUUCAAGAGUGUCAAGCUUGGCUGUGGUCAAGGCGGUUGUGGUGCCUGUAUUGUUCUACUGUCCAAAUACGAUCCUUUGUUAGACAAGGUCGAAGAUUAUACAGUAAGCUCAUGCCUCACCUUGCUUGGUAGUAUACAUGGCUGUUCAAUUACAACCAGUGAAGGUAUUGGGAAUAGCAAGGAUGGGUUCCACUCAAUUCAUCAAAGGUUUGCUGGCUUUUAUGCUUCCCAGUGUGGCUUUUGUACCCCUGGAAUGUGUGUUUCACUCUGUUCUGCUCUCGUCAAUGCUGAAAAGACCAAUCGACCUGAGCCCUCACCGGGAUUCUCAAAACUUACGGUUUCUGAAGCUGAAAAGGCUAUUUCUGGAAACCUCUGCCGCUGUACAGGAUACAGGCCAAUUGCUGAUGCCUGUAAGAGUUUUGCUUCUGAUGUUGACAUGGAGGAUUUGGGGAUAAACGCGUUCUGGCAAAAGGGAUGUGGUGAAGUAGAUAAAUCGAGUAAAUUGCCUCCUUAUGAUCCAAAUAAUGGACCGUGCUUAUUUCCUGAAUUUUUAAAAANACUGGAGCUCUCUCACCACAAGAAUCGUCCGUUUUCGUUAAGAAAUCGCAUGGGGAAUACUCAGGAAAAAUCCACGAAGAAAUCACCUAACUCAAAUCCGGUUAUUGGCUUCCUUGAGCUCCUUGGUCCAAUUCCCUUCGCCACGCUCUCGUUCAAUUUCUCGAGUUUUCCCUCUCUCAAUGAACAUUCCCAUCGGAAUCCGUGGCCCUCUAUUGAUUUAAGCUUCCCCGAACGCCCCAAAUCCACAAAAAUCUGGCUGCUAAUCGGGGUUGGUAUCCUACUUCCUCCUCCUCACAUUGCGUCUGUCGCCGGCCAGAGCGGUUGUGGUGCCUGUAUUGUUCUACUGUCCAAAUACGAUCCUUUGUUAGACAAGGUCGAAGAUUAUACAGUAAGCUCAUGCCUCACCUUGCUUGGUAGUAUACAUGGCUGUUCAAUUACAACCAGUGAAGGUAUUGGGAAUAGCAAGGAUGGGUUCCACUCAAUUCAUCAAAGGUUUGCUGGCUUUUAUGCUUCCCAGUGUGGCUUUUGUACCCCUGGAAUGUGUGUUUCACUCUGUUCUGCUCUCGUCAAUGCUGAAAAGACCAAUCGACCUGAGCCCUCACCGGGAUUCUCAAAACUUACGGUUUCUGAAGCUGAAAAGGCUAUUUCUGGAAACCUCUGCCGCUGUACAGGAUACAGGCCAAUUGCUGAUGCCUGUAAGAGUUUUGCUUCUGAUGUUGACAUGGAGGAUUUGGGGAUAAACGCGUUCUGGCAAAAGGGAUGUGGUGAAGUAGAUAAAUCGAGUAAAUUGCCUCCUUAUGAUCCAAAUAAUGGACCGUGCUUAUUUCCUGAAUUUUUAAAAAAGGAAAUAAGGUCUAUCCCUUUUGUGGAGUCUCAAGGUUGUUCCUGGUUUAAUCCCGUUAGUAUUGAGGAUCUGAACAGACUACUGGGACGUGAUGAUUCUAGUAAUAUAAGCAAAAUGAAGUUAGUCGUCGGCAACACUGAAGUCGGAUACUACAAAGAAUUUGAACAUGUUGAUAGGUACAUUAAUCUUAAAUACAUCCCUGAGCUUUCAGUUAUCAGAAUAGAUUCAACAGGAAUAGAGAUUGGUGCGACUGUGACAAUUGCAAAAGCUAUUGAGGCUCUGAAAAGUAAUAACCAUGAAACGUCCUCAGUAGGUGAGCUAGUGUUCAAUAAACUGGCCGACCACAUGGAGAAAAUUGCUUCCAGUUUUGUACGAAAUAUUGCCAGUAUCGGAGGAAACUUAUUGAUGGCACAAAGAAAACAAUUUCCUUCAGAUAUUGCCACAAUACUUCUUGCUGCGGGUUCCAUGAUAACUAUAUUAACUGGUUUCAGCCAAGAAACUAUUAUGUUGGAUGAGUUUCUCAAGAGACCUCCACUGGGUCCGAAAUGUGUACUUUCAAGUGUUAAGAUUCCAAAUUGGGAUUCAGUUCGGGAUGUUUACUCAAAUGAUUCUACUGUCAUGUUUGAUAGUUUUAGAGCUUCUCCACGACCCCUUGGAAAUGCACUGCCGUAUCUGAAUGCUGCUUUCUUGGCUGCAAUCUCCCCAUGUAAAAAUUCCAAUGGGAUCAUAUUAAAUAGCUGUCACCUGGCUUUUGGAGCAUAUGGGACCAAACAUGCCAUUAGAGCAAGAAAGAUUGAAGAAUUUCUAGCUGGAAAAGUUAUUGAUUAUAAUGUCAUACAUGAAGCUAUCUCAUUGACUGGAGCCACUAUAGUUCCUGAAAAGGGCACUUCAUAUCCUGCUUACCGGACAAGCUUAGCAGUUGGCUUUCUUUUUGAGUUCUUAAGCUCCUUGGUCGAUGAAAAAGCUGCAAUCGGUAGAGAUUACCUAGAUGGAUGCAGGAAUGCUUCGUCAACACGACCUGAAAAUUUUAAUUCAAACCACAGCCUACUUGGUUAUGAUAAAACUGCUACUCUACUAUCAUCUGGAAAGCAGACAUUGGAAUUGAGUUCAGAAUAUUAUCCAGUCGGAGAUACCAUUAUAAAAUCUGGAGCUGCCAUUCAAGCUUCAGGCGAGGCUAUCUAUGUGGAUGAUAUUCCUUCACCAACAAAUUGCCUAUAUGGAGCAUUCAUAUAUAGUACAAAGCCUUUGGCACGGAUAAAGGGUCUUACUUUUCCUCCCAAAUCACAACCAGAGGGAGUUGUCGCUGUUAUUUCCGCCAAAGAUAUUCCUGUGGGUGGACAUAACAUUGGAGUUAGAACCAUUUUUGGUGACGAAAUUCUGUUUGCAGAUAAGUUGACUGAGGGUGCAAGUCAGCAACUAGCCAUCGUGGUUGCAGAUACUCAGAAACAUGCGGAUGUGGCUGCAGAAAAUGUAGUAGUGGAUUAUGACACAGAUAAUUUGGAGGCACCUAUUCUUUCUGUAGAAGAUGCUGUCAAGAGGUCAAGCUUCUUUGACGUUCCUCCAUCUUUUAUUCCAGAACAGAUUGGUGAUAUAUCAAAAGGAAUGGCUGAAGCAGACAAUCAUAUUAACGCAGCUCAGAUCAGACUUGGAUCACAAUAUUAUUUUUAUAUGGAGACCCAUUCUGCACUUGCCAUUCCAGAUGAAGAUAACUGCAUGGUAGUCUACAGUUCAAGCCAAUGGCCAGCUAAUGCGCAUUCUGUUAUUGCAAAAUGCCUCGGUGUUCCUGAGCAUAAUGUCCGUGUAAUUACGAGAAGGGUUGGAGGAGGCUUUGGUGGAAAGGCCUUGAAGUCUAUGGUUGUUGCUUCCGCAUGUGCACUUGCAGCUCACAAGUUACGUUGUCCAGUCAGGAUUUACCUUAAUCGAAAGACUGACAUGGUAAUGGCAGGAGGGAGACAUCCAAUGAAAGUAACUUACAGUGUGGGUUUCAAAUCUAACGGUAAAAUUACAGGAUGUCAAUUAGAUAUAUUGGUUGAUGCAGGGAUGAAUACUGAUAUAAGUCCAAUUAUGCCAAGCUUCAUUGUCAAUGGACUUAAGAAGUAUGAUUGGGGUGCUUUGUCUUUUGAUAUAAAAGUAUGCAAGACAAACUAUCCAAGCAGAUCUAUGAUGCGAGCCCCUGGAGAUGUACAAGGAUCCUUUAUUGCUGAAGCGAUAAUUGAACAUGUAGCAUCUACUCUUUGCAUGGAUGUCGAUACUAUCCGAAAAGUAAAUCUGCAUACGUUUAACAGCCUCAAAAAAUUCUACAAGAGUGCAGGUGAACCUCAAGAUUACACCUUACCUUCAAUUUGGGAUAGGUUAGCCACAUCUUCAUGCCUGAAACAAAGAACAGAAAUGGUAGAUAAAUUUAAUAGCAGCAACAUUUGGAAAAAAAGAGGUCUUUCUCGAAUUCCUAUCGUGCAAGAGAUGACAUUGAGACCAACCCCAGGGAAAGUGAGCAUUCUAACUGAUGGUUCUGUUGUUGUGGAAGUUGGGGGUAUUGAAAUUGGUCAGGGGCUGUGGACGAAGGUUAGACAGAUGGUUACGUAUACCCUUAGCUCAAUUAAAUGUGAUGGAACCAGUGACCUGUUGGAAAAGGUGAGAGUGGUUCAAUCUGAUACCAUUGCUUUAAUACAAGGAGGGGGUACAUAUGCGAGUACUACCUCCGAAUCAAGCUGUGAGGCAGUUAGACUUUGCUGCAAUAUAUUGGUGAAGAGACUAACACCUCUCAAGAAAAGGCUGGAGGAGAGUGGUUCGGUUAAAUGGGAUGUUCUUAUAAGUCAGGCAAACUUGCAAGCAGUGGAUUUAUCAGUUAAUUCUUUGUAUGUUCCUGACUUUGUUUCAAGGAGCUACUUAAACUAUGCAGCUGCAGUGAGUGAGGUGGAGCUUCAUCUUCUCACGGGAGAAACCACAAUUUUGCGUUCAGAUAUUAUCCAUGAUUGUGGACGAAGCGUCAAUCCUGCUGUAGAUUUGGGACAGAUUGAAGGAGCCUUUGUUCAAGGAAUUGGAUUUUUUAUGUCAGAGGAAUACCUCACAAAUCCUGAUGGACUAGUUAUUACUGACAGCACAUGGACUUACAAAAUUCCUACGAUUGACACCAUUCCAAAACAGUUGAAUGUUGAAAUUUUGAACUCUGGACGUCAUAAAAACCACAUCCUCUCUUCAAAAGCUUCAGGAGAAUCACCAUUGCUUCUAGCUGCAUCAGUCCACUGUGCAACACGAGCUGCUAUUAAAGAGGCACGAAAACAGAUAUGUACAUGGAAACGUCGAGAUGAGUCUGGUUACGCGUUACAGCUAGAUGUUCCAGCUACCAUGCCUGUUGUUAAAGAGCUCUGUGGGCUGGACUCUGUGGAAAGUUACCUGAAAUGGAUCAAGGAAUGGAGAAGCACAGUGAGCUGAUCACAAACUUUUCCUCCCAAAACACAAGUCAUGCCAAUAAAUUCAUGAUA